AAGAUAAAACUCAAAUCAAAUAAUAAUAGGUAAAUUAUUGUAGUAGUGUUCGCCAUGAUAUAUUAAAAAUAAUAGAGCAAACCCAUCAUUUUCAAGAAGAGUUUAUCACCACCAGGAAAAGUCUCAAAAACUCCUGAAAAAUUGAAUGAGCCUUGGUAUAAUGAAUCUUUUAUUUAGAUGUUAAAGAAUUCUCCUUAAUAAAUACUGAUCUCAAAGCCUCCAUAAACUGCAGCGUAAUAAAAUAUUCAUUGUACUACUACUGGUGAAGGAAUACCUGUAAUAAUAAAUCAUAUUAAUCAUAGUCCUGCCAAUAUAAAAAAUCUAGAAAUAAUUACUAUGCCCUACUAGAGAGUAUUAACGGAUGCUAGUUAAAUGGUAAAAAAUAUCCACCAUGAAGAAAAAAAUAAUAAUUAUUGCAGGCAAAAUAAUUUUAUUGCUAAAGAGUAAGAGUAGAACUUACAUAAUAACUUUUUGCAAAAAUAAUAUAUACAUGUUGAUCAAAAUAUUGAUACCUCUAAAAUAAAUGACUUUGCCAAAUCACCUUAUAAAAUUAGUAGUCAUGGUUAUUAGCUUAAUUGUUAAUAAUUUUAGUACUCUCCGAGCAAAGUCUAACAAAAGUAAUCCCCAAUUUAAAAAUAAUCUGUAUAAUCAAUAUAAAAUCAUUUUGUAUCUUAAGUUUCUACCACACACCUUAAUUCUCCUGCAGUUAACAUUUCAUCAAUUUAAUCUCCCUAUAUAUCUAACUAUUAAAUUAGCUAAGGUUUAAAUCCUUAAACCUAAUACAUUUAGAUGCUUAACCCUACUUUUAAGGUUGCUCAAUCUCCUAAUUUAUCUCCGACUUCUACUUCCCCUAACUUGAAUAAUUUAAAGACAAAAGAAGACGUUUAAUUUAUUAGAUUAAACACAAAUGAAUAACAAUAAGCCAUAUAAAAUACCUCUAGUAAUAUUAAAGGUAUUCAAGAUUCUUCUCUAAAUAAAAAAUUCGAAACACACUUAAUUGCUACAAAAAAUACUGUUUAAAUGGUGAAAGAUAAUAAAUAAAUAGUUAAUACAUCUUCUCGGAGUCUAUCGCCUACAUAAAAGCCUAAUAUCACAUUUUUAAAUAGUAAACCAAUUAAUUAUGGUUAAAAAACAUCUCCGUUUUAAUUGGACACUUAAUAAGAAAAAGCAAAUUAAAUAGUUUAUAUUAAUAAAAGUGUUGUAAAUAGGAGUGGAUCUGCUGGAAGUAGGCCAAAUGAAUUUUAAAAUCAAUAGUCAUUAUUGAUUCAACAAUAAGUUAACUUGAAUCCCUUAGUUUAAAAUACCUACACAAAUAAUAUUAUAUCUCCCAUAGAACAAAAUAAAAUAAUAUUGACUUAAAACUAUCCAAAACAAAAUAACUUAUUUUCUUCAAAUAUAAACUAAAAUUCUAUGUUCAUUCAGUUAAGCAAUACUCCUGAAAAGUUACCAUAAAAUGUCUUAAAUAUUCCAGGUUAAUUGCCAUCAGAAUAAUAUAGCUAAGUAGAAAAUAGCGAAUCAAUACAUUAUAAAUCUCCAAAUUUGAUUGAAGUUCAUUAAGGCAGUUAAUCAUCAUAUAUCAAACCAAUUGAAUAAGAUAGCUUUAAAUCUUAAAACAGUGAAAAUAUAUUAAAUUAUAUCCAGUUGUAAGCUAAGUAAUUGAAUAUGAGCAAGUAAAAUAACAAUAAUUUGAAUUAUUCUUAGACUGUUUAGUAAAAUUUUAAGACAGAAAUAAAAAAUCCCUAACCAACAAAUUAAGUUAGAUCAGUUAGGUGUAAUAACAAUUUUAGUAAAACUAUUAAUAAUAUAACUAAAACAAAUGAAGCAAUCAAAGAAACACAAUAAUCUAACUCUUCUUUAGUAAUACAAUAAUUAAAUAAGAUGUUUAUUGAUUAAAAGGAUUCAAACAAUUAAAAGUCUAAUAUGAUAAGUCCUUCUCCCAUUACUUACUAGUAGUCAAAUAAAAAAGAUCCCUUUGAAACAGAAAACUACUAAUAAACUUUGGCAAAAUAUUAUCAUAAACCUGAUUAAGCUUCAAAUAAUUCUUAAAAUGAUCAGAAUAAAUUACAAUCAAAUUAAUUCUCUUUAGGAGGAAUCUAAGUUCGGUCGAAUAACUAUGCAAACACAUCCUCAAGCUUAUCAAGUUUUCCUAAAUCCUCAUUAAUCACUGCUAAUUUUAUUGAUUUCUAAUAAAAGCAGAAUUAAGGUAAUGAUCAAGCUAGUAUAUUUGAUGAUGAUUAAGGUAGGUAGAUGAAAAUCAUUUCAUAAAUUUAGUCGAGUUUAAACUUAAAUACCAGCAUAAGUCUCGGUGUGUAGGGAUAAACACAAGAGCAAAUAAACUUCUAUUAAUACUAAAAUAAAAGAAUUUAAGAUUAAAUUGACAAUCAGAAUGCUAUAAGAAACAUGAGAUAAAGUGAAGUUGAAGAGGCUUAAAGUCAGCUUUAAUAAGUAAAAAAUAAUAACACAGAAAAGGCAAUAACAAAAAUUCGCCGCCCAUCAUUUUUCGAGUAUGAUGCAAUUGAUAAUGACCAAAAUAAUUAGUUAGAAUAUUCCUUUAACAAUGGCACAAAUUCAAAUAAAGAUUAGUAGCAAUAAACCCUAAACAUAAUAGACGAAGUAGAAAGAAGAGUUUAAAAUAAAAAAGCAUAGUUGAAUUAUCCGUACACUAUCGACACAAUUAAAGAAGAAGAUUUAUAAUCAAAAAUAGGGACAGUGAACUAAAUUAUAGAGAAAGCAAGUUAAAUCACUCAAUAAGUACAAUGUGAAGGUAUAGAUUUUUCGAUAAAUAACUUAUCAAUGACAACUGAACAAAAGAGUAAUGGAUAGCAAUCUCCUAGCGCCUUUACUCCAUAAUAAAAAAGAAUAGAGCUGGUAUCUGUUUCACCUUCUACAAAUACUGAUAAUGAUUAAACUUAUCUCUAUAGUAAAAAAAGCUUGGAAGAAAAUUGUGAUAAUAGUUUUACUACUAUUAAAAAAAACCAAUAAAAUUUUUACUAAGAAAGUUAACAUAACCAAAGAUUUUAGAGUCCUAUAUAACCUGGAGUACUUUAAAACUUGAAUACUGCCAGCAAGAGCCAUUAAUACUAAAUAGCUUCUCCUAUCAAAGUUUAAAAAAUCAAUUAAAAUAAAAAUGUCUAAUGA